AUGGCGCCCGCACGCCAACCGCCCCAGCCCUUCUCCAAGGAUGAGAAGGUUCUCUGUUUCCAUGGUGAGAUGCUAUAUGAGGCCAAGAUUCUCGACAUCCAGCCUGCCGAGAGUGGCGAAGGCUUCCAGUAUCGCAUUCACUACAAGGGCUGGAAGAACACUUGGGACGACUGGGUUUCUAUCGAUCGCAUCCGCAAGUUCACAGAGGAGAAUAAGGAGCUUGCCAGCCAGCUGCACGCCCAGAUGAAGGACCUACGCCAGAAGAGCAGUGCCAAACCCCCCAAGAAGGGCAACCUUCGUGUCAAUGGGACCGACUCAGCUCGCGGUAGUGAGGAGCGAACUGCAGGUGUCGCUGCCACUGGCCGUGGCCCUCGCCGGGCGAGAGAUUUUGACCUCGAGCAGAUGAGCUCCCCGGCUUGGGAUAGCUUUGCUCGGGUGUACGACUGGGUUCUGUCGCAGCAGGCUGCGCAGUACUCUGGCGCUCAGCCCAACUACGCCUCUCCACCCCAACGCGGAUUCAUGUCUCGAUUAGACUACGCCCGUCAACUUGCCCAUUACCGUCACAACAACCCUGUUGGUCGGGCAGAGGAUGCCAACGAACACGAAUAUCGACAAGAUGUUGAAGCAUCUCAAGGCCAAUACAUCGAGAUCAAGACCGAUUGCGCCAGUGACUUCGACUAUGGCGAUUACGAGACACCAGCUCCAGCCUCAGACGACUAUCUGUAUGGCGACGCCGACGUGAUCAAUCGUCGCCCAAAUCAGCACUAUCAGCAACGCAAAAGACGUCAACCGGAGCCAGACUACGAUGAGGAAGACGCGGCGUUUGAGCAGCAUCACAAAAGGCGUCGAAUGUAUUCGGACGAGGACGAGGACGGGAAUGUUGACUCUGAUCUGCCCCGAUACUACUUCAGGGAGGAGUAUGACGAGUAUGACGAAGAGGAGGCGGAGAUGAACCAGAACCGAUUGAAAUAUGAGGAGGAAGACGACGAAGUCAAUGAAGAGGAGAUGGGCGUGGACCGAUUCGACUUUGAGGAAGAUGAAGGUUUGAGGGACUACAACGACACUCUGAGCGAGAGGCAGUAUCGGAACAACCUUUUCCGACAGCGACUCGAAUCUGGCGAAGAAGAUGACACUUUCCUACCCAACAGACGUCGGAAGUACAUGUAUAGUGAAGAUGACUUCGAUGGCUACGACGAGGCAUCUGUUCGCCCACGCAAGAAGGUUCGCUGGGCUUCACCCGUGUACGAGGAAAAUGAAGACGAGUUCUAUCAAGCCGACAACGAAGAUGAGGGAGACGAAGAUCAGACAGUCGGGCGAGCCUCAGAUUCCGAUGGCGACGUGGAACCUGCCGACAUCAUCGACCUGAUCAGUAUUUCUAGCCAUGAGACCGUUGGCAGCGACGACGACGACGAUAGGACCAGCAUAACCAGCGACUCCAGUAUAGAAUUCCUUGGGGAGCGUCCCGCGAAUGCCAACAUCGAGAACCAGCAUGAUCUACGAAGCUUUCAAGAUGGCGAGUCGGAAGAUGCCAAGGAUGUCGUCGAAGAGCUUUUGCAGAGGCCCUGCGGCACAAGCAAGAGAAAGCGUGAGAACAGUGUGGAGGUACUCCUCGAGUUCCGCCAUAAUGUUCGACGUAGGCUGCAACUCAUCUCGUUCAUUAUGGCUUUUGCGUCUCGCAAAUCUCGGCCAGCCGAACCAUUGCGUCGGCGACCUCAGCAUGAUCAAGUGGUGGCCUGGAAGGAACCGCGCUUGCUGAGGGCUGAUAACCUGACCCUCUCGCCUGCUCCCCGCGCCAGACCCUAUGUCACAAAAGAUGGCAAGCCCAACUAUGACAAUCGCUACGAUACGAGCGUCACGACUCUCAAGCGAGAACAGCCUGCCCGGGCGAAGUCGUCAUCUGCUCGCUCUUCGGAAACGAGCGAGGAAGAACUUCCGACUGAGGAUGGAUUUCAUGCACGCCCGUCCAUUAAGCUUCCCAUCCCUGAUCACAUCAAGGCGAUGCUUGUUGACGACUGGGAGAACAUCACCAAGAACAAUCAGCUGGUCCCGCUUCCUCACCCUCACCCCGUUGACGACAUUUUGAGCGACUACCUCAACUACGAGCGCCCGAACAGGGAAGAUGGUUCUGCAAACAUGGACAUUCUCGAAGAAGUCGUUGCAGGACUUCGCGAGUACUUUGAGAAGUCUUUGAGCCGUAUCUUACUGUACCGCUUUGAGCGACCCCAGUACCAUGAGAUUCGCAAGGUGUGGGAGAAGGCUGGCGAGGAAGACAAGCACAAGUCUGUCUGCGAUACCUAUGGACCUGAACACUUGUGCCGCCUGAUGGUGUCUCUUCCCGAGCUCGUCGCUCAGACAAACAUGGACCAGCAAUCUGUGGCGCGUCUGCGUGAGGAACUCUCCAAGCUCACCGUCUGGCUCGGCAAGAACGCAAAGAACUACUUUGUCAGCGAAUAUGAGACCCCUUCUCAGGAGUAUAUCGACAAGGCUCGGAGCUUCUAG